UGCGUCCCGCCCACCAAGUCAUAACACAUGCACAUGGCAUCUUGGAAACCACGUGAAAUUUAAUUUUUUGCAUUUAUUAACUUUUUGCAAAUAAUUAACAAACCUAUCUGAAUUAAACACAAACUUUCUCCUUGAGUGCUAGAGUUCUUAGACUGAAUCCACGAAAACUUUUGUCGUUUUGCAUCAAAGAUGGUUUAUUUCAUUUGCAACAACUGCGGAGACAGUCUGAAGAAAAACCAAGUAGACCAGCAUCUUACCAAGUUCAGAUGCAAAGGAUGCAGUGUCUCUUGCAUGGACUGCCAUCGAGAUUUUGACUCGAAGAGUUAUGUCCAACACAACAAAUGCAUUUCUGAGCAGGAGAAGUACUCGGGUGGAAAUUUCACUCAGAAAGUUGCCACUACAAACAAACUAGACAAGCGAGGAAAUUGGGUUAGGUUGAUAUCUGAGGUGGCCAACAGAAAAGACCCAAACAGAUCGAGAUACGUGCAAGACAUGCUAAGCUUCCUGGAUGGAAAAGAAACUGUUCCAAACAAAGAAAAACCUUUCAUGAAUUUUAUUUCCACCGGUCCAUCGCAUUUGAGAGAUCAAAGAACAGCCUCGCAGGUAUGGAUGUUGCUGUUCGCAGAGCUAGAAAAAGAGAGGAAAAACCAACUGCGGCCAGCUGUGAACGGCAACAGUAAAAACAUUAACGAGACUCCCCAACUUAAAGUUGAAACGAGCAGUGCUGAGGCUCCAAAAGGUAACAGCAAAGAUGGAUUAUGGAAAAAGGCCAUCAAGAGACUGGCCAAGGGGGGAAGCGAAUUUGCUCCAUUCUUCAAGUUGCUUAGCAAAAUGGACGUACCUACCGAAACAAAGACCGCUUUUAAGAAAUUUGUAAAGAAGAACGUUCCGGAAUCACAUCACGUUGAUUUGAUGUGGAAAGAAUUAGAAGAAGAAUAUAAGAAGAUUGAGAACACCGGUGAGAAGGAAGGCAAGAAACGAGCUGCAACUGGUGACGAAGAAAGCAAAGAGCCUAAACGUGCAAAGCUUAAUGGAUCGUCUCCCCCCAUUGAUGAGAGUGGAACUGUCUGUGAAGAACCAUUGUCGCUGACCAAGGGUGGCAAAUUUCCCUGGAAAAAAGCAGUUCUGAAAGUUCUCAAAUCAAGCAAGAGCAAUACCAUGUCUAUGAAAAAAUUGAAGAAGAAAGUCACCGCAGAGUAUGAAAAGUUGGGAUUGGACUCUUCUGAUAGUGAAAAGAUGGAAAUCAAGUUCACGCAAGCAAUCGGCAAAAUUCCUACAGUUUUACUACAAAAAGAAAGCAGAGAGGUAGUAUUGCUUGUGUCGGAGAAAUAAUUUUUGACUUUUGUUGAUUCCAAUAAAUUAAAUGUAAUCUUGACUCAACGGAAA